UGAAAAAACUCCUGUGGAGCGACCCAACUGGUCAAAUGGAUUGGAGUUUCUUAUGUCAUGCAUCUCGAUGUCAGUCGGACUAGGAAACGUGUGGCGAUUUCCUUUUACAGCUUAUGAGAAUGGAGGAGGAGCUUUUCUUAUUCCAUAUAUUAUAAUUCUCUUUCUGAUAGGGAAGCCAAUGUAUUACCUUGAAAUGGUUCUAGGCCAAUUCACUAGCAAAGGCUCAGUGAAGAUUUGGAGUGUAUGCCCUUCUUUUCUAGGUGUUGGAUACGGUCAAGCGCUGGCAACUAUAUGUAUCAUAACUUACUAUUCAUCUCUAUUGGCAUUGACUUUGUACUACUUGGUGGUUUCAUGCCAGUCGUUACUACCUUGGACGCAGUGUCGAUCUGAAUGGGGUAGCAGCUGUGUAGAUUCAUAUUCAACUGGUAGUGCGAAUGUUAUCAGUGUCGCAAACUCAACUAUCCAACUUCAAAGCAGUUCCGAGCUAUAUUUUUUAAAGGAGGUUAUAAAGGAAAAGGACAACAUUUCAAACGGUAUAGGCGCACCGGAGUGGAAACUGAGCUUGUCGCUUUUUGUGUCAUGGAUUGUAAUUUUCUUAGUAAUCAUGCGAGGGGUGAAAAGUUCGGGAAAAGCCGCUUAUUUUCUGGCCCUCUUUCCCUACGUUAUACUCGUCGCAUUACUUGUGCGCGCAGUUACUUUGGAAGGCGCACUAAAUGGAAUUAUAUUUUUCCUUGAACCCAAUUGGCACGAGCUGCUUAAUCCAAAGGUAUGGAAAGAAGCCGUGGUGCAAUGUUUUUUUUCUCUUGCAGUAGGCCUUGGUCCAAUCGUUAUGUUUUCCUCGUAUAACCGCUUCGAUCAUUGCAUUUAUAGGGACGCAAUGAUUGUUACUUCGUUGGAUACUGCCACAAGUAUGUUGGCAGGUAUAUCCAUUUUCGGAAUACUUGGAAAUUUGGCGCAUAAUCUUCAAAUCACUGACAUUAAAGAAGUAAUAAAAAGCGGUACUGGUCUUGCCUUCAUUUCAUAUCCGGAUGCCAUUGCGAAGUUUCAAGCCGUUCCCCAGGUUUUCGCCGUUCUUUUCUUUUUCAUGCUAUUUGUUUUAGGAGUAGGUUCCAUUGUCGCCCUACAAUGUACCAUUGUCACAAUCAUAUGUGAUCAAUUUAAAUCGCUCCGGUACUGGAAAGUUGCAUUGCUAACAUCAAUUUGUGGAUUUUUAGCGAGCAUAAUUUACGUUACGCCGGGCGGGCAGUGGAUUUUGAACUUGGUAGAUUUCUAUGGUGGAACGUUUGUUAUUUUUGGCUUAGCUAUUCUUGAAACAAUCAGCAUUUCAUGGAUAUAUGGCAUAAAUAAUUUUUGCGAUGAUGUAGAAUUUAUGACGAAAAAACAAGUUUCCUUAUACUGGCGUUCUUGUUGGGGAUUCUUCACACCACUAUUAAUGAUAAUAAUUUUCGUGUACUCUAUGCUAUCAAUAGAACCUUUGACAUAUAGCGGAAAGCCUUAUCCUGAUGCUGCAAAUGUUUCCGGUUGGAUACUUUUUACAAUCGGCAUUGCUCAAUUUCCUCUCUGGGCUAUAUGGCACAUCACGACAAACAGAAAUGGAGGCGCAUGGAAGUCAAUUCAGUCAUCCGUCCAGCCGAAUUCCAAAUGGGGCCCUUCUAAAGAAAGUAACAGGAGGGACUGGAUUACAUUCAAAGCAAAAUGUGUGGAACGGAGAUCAAAGCGAGUCCAUAACGGAAAGCUCAGACAAUUUUGGCAAAAGCUUCACAAUUUAUUCAGGUCCUCGUAAGGGCAUUAGUAGCAAUAACUGUGUCUAAGUGUUUUAUGUGGACAUAUGUGUAAAUAUAAAAACUUUUAAUAACUCAAAAUUGGAUUGAAAUAGGCAAGAUAAUUUCGGACGGGAUUCGGUAUAACAUGGAUAACUGCUCUGAUCAUUCAUAUGAAUGGUCGCCUCAAAUAACGUUGUAAGCGACAAUUUGUUCAAAGAUAGUUUCCUUAACUUUGAAGAUAUUAAUGUGUAUAUUUUAUUUUUUUUUAAGUAAGAUUCUUGAACACUGCUAUACCGAAAAAGUAGAAAACCAAAUCAAGUCCCCGUAUGUGAG